UUGUUCUGAGCAACAUAUGGGUAAAUCAAAAAGGCAGGCGACCAACGCAAUCAAGAAGGAGGUACAAGUGGAAUGUUUUGCUAUGUUAAAAAGAGAAACGGACGUGAAACUAUCUUUAGUUAUUGAAUAUGCAUUGAAAAAUAGAGGGAAAAGUAGAAGAAAGAAAUGGAAAGACAAAGGAUUCUGCACAAUGUCAGUUGAAUACAAAGAUUGUGUGAUGAAAGAGGGACAGACAUGUCAGAUAACACUUACCGGAAACUUGCAAACAGACAGCCUAAAACAACAGGACCCCUUUCUCACAUUGAAUCCAAGAAAAUACAAGACAGGGAAUUAUCGAUCUUUUCACCUACUCAAUGACACAUCAGAAUCACCAUUAGACGGAGAAGUUUACAUUGAAAAACGUCAUGAAAUAAUAGACCAGCUUCAACAGCAGCCACAGGCAUCACGUGGUACAAACAAAGAUGCCCGUUUGUUUACCAAUUGCUGUAACAAAUCUGUGCAACAUUUUGAACCUGAAAUUCCGGUGAAAUAUGAUACGGAUUUUGAACUGGUUGUAUCAAUUUUAAUUGACUCAAAUAACUUAGAUAUUAAACAGGAGGAAGUCGGUGUAGCCUUGGAUGAUCAUCAAUGUACAAUUCCAGUACUCCGAAAGACAUCACUAAACCGUAUCACAGCUAGUUUGACCAUGGAAGAAUGCUAUCAGUUGGGCACAAAUUUACAUGUUAUAAAGAACAAAAUAGAACAGCUGGAAACUGAUGGACAACUUAAGGAAAUACUUAAAACAUGGGGAUCGGCCCGACCAAAUGAAAAAUUAGUUCACAACCUAUCUGGAGCCUUAAAAGAAAUGGAUAAAGAGGAUAUGGCAAACAAUGUGGAGGAAGCAUUUGAAAACAAUAUAGAAUAUCCCGAAUAACUAUUGGCAAUAUUGAAACGUUCA